CGGUAGACGGCCAAAGGUUACACUCAGAGCUCUCAGUGGAUAACCCGCGCUUGGCUCUCCAUAAACCUCCGGUUCUUGUUGACAUCCACAUCAUUCGCGUGAGAUUACGUAAACGACAAGCAGGAGGAUCGGUAAAGUUGCUCAAGUGUGCGACUUGGACGUGGUUUCUGAUGUAACGUUAGACUCGGUUCAGAGUUGGUCCUGUACGGUCUUCCCUCCGCUCCACACCGCUGGCCUUCUAUCAUUUCUCGACAGCCGGGAAAAAGGCGCUGGUCGCGGGUAUGGAUGCCGUGUGGAUGCUGCCUGUGCUGCUGGUGCUCCCGCUCCUGUUAUGGACCAGCAGCACGUUCGUUUACUAUUUCAAAAAGUGCUUUUAUGUGGCGUACAUGAUGCUGCUGGCCGUUGUCACCAUACCGAUUUGCAUUCUGAAAAGCGGCGGCAGAGACAUUGAGAAUAUGAGGGUAAUUCGGUUCAUGGUACGUCAUGUGAAGUACUUCCUGGGUUUGCGCUAUCAGGUCAGCGGUUGGGAGCAUCUACAGACAGAUGGACCCUACGUCAUCAUCUCCAACCACCAAUCAUCACUUGACGUGCUAGGCAUGAUGGAGAUAUUGCCGGACCGCUGCACGAUGAUAGCUAAGAAGGAGCUGAUAUGGGCCGGGACGGUGGGCAUGAUUUGCUGGCUGGGAGGAAUCGUCUUCAUCAACCGCCAAAAGACCAGCGACGCCAAAAACGUCAUGAGUGACGCUGCUAAAACCAUGUUGGCCGACAAGAUCCGAUUGUGGGUGUUUCCAGAAGGCACACGGAAUCAGAACGGCGGGCUUCUGCCCUUUAAAAAGGGAGCGUUUCAUCUGGCCGUUCAAGCACAGGCUCCCAUCAUACCCAUUGUGUUCUCUUCCUACAGUAACUUCUACCUACGAAAAGAGAAAGAGUUCAAAUCAGGAACCAUCACUCUGAAAAUCCUUCCAAAGAUCGAGACAAAGGGACUAACGGCAGAUGAUGUGACGGCGCUCUCUGACCAAUCAUUCGGCGUCAUGCAUUCGGCCUUCCUGGAGAUUUCCGGCCAAGCCACCCAGUGCAACGGGCCGUCGACCCACUGAGCGCUCUGCUGCUGUCGCGCCCUUUCAUUCGCUCUGACAGCAAGGAUGGCUUGAGACUACGUUGUCGUCUUCGUCGUGGCGACGGAAACCAUGGCAACCAGGCGCUUUGGUAUCCUCUCCGAUGGCCUAAUGAAGCAGGAACACAUGUCCAUACAAACAAAACACACAAGCAUUCACAUUGACUACACACAGAAGGUGUCAUCUUAGCCUAGUUUUGAUCUCCCGUUGGACUCCGGGGGGCGCUAAGCAGCGGAACAGUGUUUUUAUGGGGGAGGGGGUGACUUUUCACCUCGCCCGGAGUGACGCUUUGUUCCGUGUCCUUUUCGACGUCGGACUGCUUUUGUCGAUGACGGGUUGAGUUUUGGAGCGACGCCCUGAGAACAUUGUGGAUGUGCGUUCGACAUGCAUGCCUUUUGACCUUCUAUGUUUUUCUUCCUUUCACUGAUCUACAAGGACUCAUUUCGUUGGUUUGUGUAGGUCACGUUUUCUCGAGGUACUCUGCUUGCAUUAUGGGAAAUCGGUGACGAACAUCUGUGCUUGUUUUAUUUCUGUUGUUUUUCGCAUUGGUUGCCAGAGUAUUUUUCCAGUGCGAGCACUUAAAGAUGCCCUUUAAUUGUUAUAAAUAGUUGAUUUAAAGGAAAAACUUUUGACCAAAAAGUUAAUUCGGAAAUGUCCUAUACACUCCAGAGUAAAGCUUUUUGUGUCGUCACAACCAAGGAUUUCCUAAAAUGCAAAGAGAUUGCGCGCUGCUUGUUUGUUCGGUUUCCUUAUUUGUCAUCGAAAGGUUAGUUCUUAACGAACAGGUCCAUUGUCGGCAUUAUCAAGUGCGGCUUCUUCCUGUGCCAUGUGUCAAAAGUGUCUCAGCCUAGAAUAUCGUGAGAAACGCUAUUGAUUAUUGAUCUGUGAUCAAGAUCUUUGAUCAACGUUUAGGAUAGAAAUACGUUCCAGUUGGCUAAUGUUCAGUGCUUUGCUCGUUUCUUUUGUUUUUGUUUAUUUUCAGGUUACAAAACAACAGAUUUUCAUUCUUAAAAAUGUAUUUAACACCGUUCAGUCCUAUUGUUUAAAGUAGAAACCAUUUACAAGUGAACUAUUAUUAUAAUAACUGAUGGAUUCUGAAGUAUUAUCUAACACACUAUAUAGACUAUGGCAUUAUCUAAGGAGCCGACUUGACUAAAAUGUGUAUAAGAGUCAUUAUUAUUCAGACUUUUGAAGGACAAACUCAAAAAUCUAAAUUUAUUUUACAUUUGUCAGCAGAUGGUAGCAUCAAAACACCUGCUAUAAAAUGAUCCCAGGAAAUUAUUAUAAUGUAACUUGCUGAGGUAUGUAAUAUUUUUUAAGUGGAUAUUGGCAUAUAGAAACGUGAUGGCGCUCUAGAAAUGAACCGUAUUCGCAGAUCAUUCUUAGAUCAGAUAUUAAACUUUAUCUUAAACUUUAAGUUUUACCAAGGAAAUCCAUAUGAAAAAUGAUGAAAUGUAUUUGAAAAUGUUCACAAUUUAAUCUCAAAAUGACCAAUUAUUUAACACCUAUUUAUUAAAGGGAUUGUAUCACCAGCUUAUUGCAGGAAAUUAAAUAUUUGUAAUUAUUUCAAAGACGUUUCUAAUUGCGCUGCAUUGUUGAAUCUUAUAUUUAAUGCUUGGUGUUGCGGUUCUUAUUGUUUAAGAACGUGUAACAUCUUUAAUAUAAUAUGUACAAUAUUAUUUAAGAGGUCUGUACUGUACGCAUUACAUUAUAACGGCUCGUUGAGCUGAAAGCUUUUCAGAACUUGAUUUGAAUUAAUGUUUGAGUUGGUUAUUGCUAAAUGUCCAAAUUAGGCCGAGUGAUUAUUAUUAUUAUUACCACCAGUAGUACAAAUUUAAACACUGAUGCGAUUAUUGAAUACUUUUAUGUUGUGUAUUAGGUCACAGAUUUUAUAAGCCCCUUUCCUUUGUUUUCAAUGUAAUUUUUGCCCUGCUGACUGAGAACCGUGCUGCGUACACGAAUCAAUGUACAAAAGUGUGUACAAGGUGUUGUGAGAUUUUCACCAAAGCUAUUAAGGAUGUAAAACAAGUGAAGCUUGUAAAAGCUCUGAUUAUAAGAUCCGUUAGAUGAACCUGUCAUGGGCAGCCUUGUGUACGUUUGUGUGUGUGUGUGUGUGUGUGUGUGUGUGUGUGUGUGUGUGUGUGUGGUCCUUUGUCUGUGUUUGAAUGGUGACCAGACACAAAUGAACUAAAGCCCAUUGUAAAAUCUGUAAAGUCAUAUAAGACGAUGAUUAUAUAUAAAAAUGUUGAUUGUGGUAGAAUCUGGAUGCGACCUGUGUUAAGAACAUCUAGGACAAAGAGUCAAUAAAAUCGUCUGUUUUUCCAA